GCCAAUCCUUCAAACUCCUUGAACCUGAGCCAGCCGGGUUUACAAAUACAAUACAAUACUGGGUGUGCAUGAAUAUGUCCGUCCGUGUGGUAUGUAUGGGUGUCCUGGCCAUAUGGGAUGGCAUCCACACGCGGCAGUCAUACAGGCAUCAUUGUUGAUAAAGAGCACACCACCCAUAGCAUAGCAGUGCAAUCAGGCCAUGCACACCGUCACCCACCACAGCCACUAAUUGACACGCACGCACAUUUCCAGCUCUCCCCAUAAUCCUAAAUCACACAGGCCGACGCACAGGCGCCCAUCAAUACCAGCAGUAGCAGCAGCCAUCGACACCAGGAGCAGCAGCAGCAAGAGAGCCUGGAUGAACAGGCUGGUGUUGCUGCACCCCUCCCCCCAGUCAGUCCCUCUUCCCCCUCAGGUAUGCUUCUGAUGUGUUGGCGCAUAUGCUUGUGACGCAAAGAAGCACCCGUGCAUCCAUCCAUCCACCCAGUGGCUUAGCACCCAGCGCACAAGACGCACAGCCUUAGUGUAUCUCUCAUCCACGGCGAGCGCAACAAAGAAAAAGCCAGAAGCAGGACGAAGGAAGGACAGGUCAGCACGUGACCUGCUGCUGCUGAGUGGCGGUAUCUCCCCCGUCUGCUGCCGCUGGGGGUGGUCCUGGCUGCUGGCACCUUCUCGUACUAGAGCCAUGACACCUCCUCGCGUCGUACCCGCGCCACACCUUCUGAAUCUUCACACACGCCCUCCUCAGAGCAACCAGCCGAAUAAUGGCCUGCACGAGAAACGAUGUCUACGCUGUGCGAUGUGAUCCGCUAUUGCGUGUGUGUGUCAUCCACCCAUUGUGUACAGUACCUGAAUGAGCCUCUGCCUCCGAAAGUGGCGAAACACCCUCGUCACGACCACAGCUGCCAUCCCGUGAACCACCUCAGCCUCGUCGAGUGUCCCGAUGCCCAUAUGUAGCAGACAGUGGACGGAGCAGUGAGCGACCGGGAGUGAGGAUCACAACGAUGGAGUCCGCUUUCCUUAGAUCUCGCCUCGCCACACAGCCGUAUCAGCCCAUUCAACUCACGCAAGGCCAGCGGUGCUGCCUUUGGGGUUGGCGCAAGACCCUUGCC